AAUUACAUAUUCAAAUAAAAAACCUGAAUCUAUAAAUUCUCACCGGAGUAAAAUAUCUGCUAAAGAAUGGCGCUCGGUACAGUACAUCAGAUCCGUACUCUGUUUCCGGCGGCGAAAGGCGCCGAUCAUCCGCCUCAAUCGAAGAUUCCGGCGGCUGCGGCGGCGGCGGUGGGGAGGGCGUUUCCCGUGGCGGCGAUCCGGCGAUCUAGGGUUCAGAAUCCAGAAAGAGAGGAUGUAAUCGUAUUGUCGUCGUCGUCGUCACGGAGAUUCCGGCAAAAAUUCUCGGCGGCGGCGGCGGCGGGGGAGGCGGCGGCGGAAAUUAAGGAGGGGAGGGGAGUGCCGGUGUUUGUGAUGAUGCCGUUGGAUAGUGUGACGAUGGGGCAUGCGGUGAACAGGAGGAAGGCGAUGGAGGCGAGUUUUCAGGCGGUGAAAGGCGCCGGAGUUGAGGGGGUGAUGGUGGACGUGUGGUGGGGAUUGGUGGAGAAGACGGCGGCCGGCGAGUACAAUUUUGGCGGUUAUAAGGAGCUUCUGGAGAUGGCGGUGAAGUACGGACUGAAAGUUCAGGCCGUCAUGUCGUUCCAUCGCUGCGGGGGAAACGUCGGCGAUUCCUGCACAAUUCCAUUACCGAGAUGGCUUGUGGAGGAGAUGGAGAAAGAUCCAGACCUUGCGUACACGGAUCAAUGGGGGAGAAGGAAUUCCGAAUACGUAUCUUUGGGAUGCGACAAUCUUCCCGUCUUAAAGGGCCGAACUCCAAUCCAAUGUUACGCCGAUUUCAUGCGUGCCUUCAAACAAAACUUCAAUCACCUUCUUGGCAACACCAUCGUCGAAAUCCAAGUGGGGAUGGGACCAGCUGGAGAGCUUCGUUAUCCAUCAUAUCCAGAGCAAAAUGGAACAUGGAAAUUCCCAGGCAUUGGAGCCUUCCAAUGUUUUGACAAAUAUAUGUUGAAUAGCUUAAAAGCUGCAGCUGAUGCUGCCGGGAAACCGGGAUGGGGUUCGACUGGCCCGACUGAUGCCGGUCACUACAACAACUGGCCGGAGGACACCCAGUUCUUCAAGAAAGAAGGCGGAGGUUGGAACUCCUCUUAUGGUGAAUUCUUCCUCUCUUGGUACUCCCAAAUGCUCCUUGAUCAUGGGGAGAGAAUACUUUCACAUGCUUGCUCGAUCUUCAAAUCUUCUGGCGUGAAGAUCUCGGUGAAGAUUGCAGGCAUCCAUUGGCAUUAUGGGACUCGGUCUCACGCCCCUGAGCUCACCGCAGGAUACUACAACACACGAUACCACGAUGGCUACAUCCCGAUCGCACAGAUGUUGGCUCGCCACGGUGCCAUCUUCAACUUCACUUGUAUUGAGAUGCGGGACCACGAGCAGCCUCAGGAUGCACUAUGUGCUCCUGAGAAGCUCGUAAGGCAAGUGAGUUUGGCGACUCAAAAGGAACGAGUACCACUCGCAGGGGAGAAUGCAUUGCCCCGAUAUGACGAGUACGCUCACGAGCAAAUUGUAAGGGCGUCAAGGCUGGAAGCCAACAGGGAUAUGUGUGCAUUCACAUAUUUGAGGAUGAAUCCUCAUUUGUUUGAGGCAGAGAAUUGGAGAAAGUUUGUGGGAUUUGUGCAGAAGAUGAAAGAAGGGAAGAAUGGCCAUAGAAGUUGUGAAGAAAAGAAGCAGCAAGAACAGCUUGUGCUUAAUCAACAGACUUGUUUGUUAGCUUAGGGUAUCUAUCUUUAAGAAGGAAGCAAAUUCUAUGUUUAAGCAGGAAGCAAAUAGGGCUUGUUAAAAAGUGUAUUUUCUUUAGUACAUAUAUAUAGCAAUUUCUGGUCCUAAAUAAUAGCAAAUUUAUACGCCAUAGCAUUUUUAUAUGAA